AUGAGAGGGCCGUUGGGGCCUGUGAUAGGUAAAUAUCCUUCUUCGAGCGAUGUGAAUGGUGAGAAUGGCAAUGGGAUUAGCGGCGAUAUCAUAAAGCACAACAGGAAAUGCAGGGAUGUGGCGUUUUUGGUGGUGUUCAUUGCUUUUUGGGUUGCAAUGAUUGUUAACUCUAGCUUUGCUUUCAACCAAGGAAACCCAUUGAGGUUGAACUAUGGGCUGGACUAUAAAGGUAAUGUGUGUGGCGAUAGACAUGCGGAUCGUGAUCUUCGUGAAUUGGAGCUAAGAUAUUGGCUAAACCCUAACCAGGUUUAUCAAACUGGUGUAAAGGGCAGUAAUUUCGAGCUCUCGAACGCGCGCAGCAUAUGUUUGCUGGAUUGUCCAAUCCCAUCUGAGGACUCACUCAAUUGGGUUUGUGAUUAUCCAGAGGGUGAUGUUCGUCUAUCGAUCGACAAUUGGAUUGAUAGAAAUUACGACUAUUUUGCGGACCUUACUCCCCAGCUUAGAAAUAGCUCUCUUCAGCUUCAGGGCCCUUGUUAUCCAGUUAUAUUUCCUAGUGUCAAUGUUUAUUGGACCUGUCAAUUUAUUGCACGUGCUUCAAAUGUAUCUUUGACACACUGGGAGCAGAUGGGUGGAGUAAAAGUCAUAGAGGACAUUGCAAUUGAUAAAUCCAUCCACAAAUCAAUUAAUUCCCGAUCAUCGGUACUGAAGAGAUAUGUGGCUGAUGUUGGGAAAGCAUGGCCUGUGCUGCUCAUUUGUGGGGGAUUUCUGCCUCUGUUUCUAUCAAUUAUAUGGCUUUUGAUGAUUCGCCAUUUUGUAGCGGGAAUGCCUUGGAUUACUGUCAUUCUAUUCAAUAUUCUCAUGGUAUCUGUGACCAUGUUUUAUUAUUUGAAAGCUGGAUGGAUUGGAAAUGAUGCCAUUUCUCCAAUCAUUGGCGAACACGACCCAUACUACCAUGUGUCAGCCAGGGAGAUAAAUCAUCUUCAUGCUGCUGCUGUUUUCAUGACAGCUCUAAUGAUUGUCGCGUUUUUAUCCUCUAUUGCUAUAGUCCGCCGUAUUCUAAUGGGAACAUCAGUCCUCAAGGUAGCUGCAAAAGUGAUUGGAGAAGUACAGGCCCUGAUAAUCUUCCCAAUUAUACCAUACGCCAUACUAGCUAUUUUCUACAUGUUCUGGUUAUCAGCUGCUCUUCAUCUUUUUAGCUCGGGAAGUGUUGUGCAGAAUGACUGUAGUGCUAAUUGCUGUGCUUAUGAUCUCAAAGCAAUGAAGCUGAGUUGCAAUAGCUGCUGUGGCUAUACCGUUCGCUACAUGUCUCAUAUAGCUGCUGCUAUACUUUUCCACCUGUUUGGCGGUUAUUGGGCCACCCAAUUCAUCAUUGCUUGCUCGUCUACAAUAAUUGCUGGGUCUGUUGCUUCGUAUUAUUGGGCUCAUGGGGAAAUCUCGCAAGGAAUCCCGUUCCUUCCCGUUUUUUCUUCAAUGAAGCGGCUCGUACGAUACAGUCUAGGAUCAAUGGCUAUCGGCUCUCUUAUCGUGUCCUUCAUAGAAUCAAUUAGAUUCAUACUCGAGGCCCUUCGUCGUAAGCUUAAAGGCGUAAUAAACCCUAUGACCGACAACUGGUUUGAAAAGGCUACUUAUCAGACUUCACAAGGUUGCCUUAGGUGUAUAGGGUACAUUAUCAAAUCAGUGAACCGCAAUGCUUAUAUCAUGAUUGCAAUAACCGGAAAAGGCUUCUUUAAAUCCUCCGAGAUUGCAACCGAGCUUAUCAUGAGUAAUAUACUUCGAAUCGGGAAGGUGAAUGUGAUAGGGGAUGUGAUUCUCUUUCUCGGAAAGCUUUGUGUUAGUCUAACCAGUGCACUUUUCGCUUUCUUGAUGUUGGACACUCAUAAAUACAAAUCGGCACAUAACAAGAUUUCAUCCCCUCUGUUCCCUGUUCUGGUGUGUUGGGGAUUUGGGUACAUUGUGGCUAAACUCUUUUUUGGAGUGGUUGAGAUGUCAAUAGACACCAUAAUUCUCUCCUUCUGCCAAGACUCGGAUGAGCAUCAAGGCACGGCACAAUAUGCUCCUCCAUUGCUUAUCGAGACUCUCAACGACCAAAACGAAAUGCAAAGGCUGACUCAAUGA